AUGGAGAAACUCAAAUUUAGCAUUGGUUUUUCUAACUGCUUGGCAGUAAGCAGUGAGGGGAGAAGUGGGGGUUUGGCGUUGUAUUGGAACAAUAAUUCCCAGUUAGAAAUCCUUAGUUAUUCGAAAUACCACAUUCAUGCAUUAGUUACCAAUUUGGAGGGGGAUGAUCGUGAAAGUAGCUCGUGGUACUUGACUGGGAUAUAUGGCCAUCUAGAAGCCUCAAGGAGGCUAGAAACUUGGAAUUUGCUAAAAUCUUUCGCAGUUACUAGUGAACGAGGGUGGUUAAUGAUGGGAGAUUUUAACGAGAUCCUUAGUAAUCUUGAGAAAAGUGGUGGCAGAAUCAGGCCAGAACGUCAAAUGAGGGACUUUCGACAGCUUCUAGAUGAAUGUGAAAUGAUGGACUUGGGCUUCAAGGGUAACCAAUUCACUUGGUGGAAUGGUAGGGGUCAGCAGCAUAGCAUUUGCGAGAGAUUAGAUCGCUUUUUAGCUAAUAUGCAAUGGAAAUCUCAUAAGCUGUUUGCUGAAGUUAUUCAUGGAUUUGCACCUUAUUCUGACCAAGUUCAUAUCAUCCUCACGACCCAAGAUGACAGAAAACACAUGUGUAAGCAAAGAACUUUCAAGUUUGAGGCCAUAUGGGCAGAAGAACCAGAUUGUAAAAAGGUCAUUGAGUUAGCAUGGUUGAGAGCAAUGGGGCAAAGGGAUUUGGCUUCCAUCAUGGAAAAGAUAAAGCGAUGUGGAGAAAACCUUCGAGUCUGGAACAGAACUUGUUUUGAGAAUGUGAGGAGGAAUAUUGAACAGGCUUGUUUGAGGUUAAGAAUGUUGUUACAAUCAGACCCUUGCUGUCAAAGGAGUGAGUCUCUUAAAGAUGCUAGAAUCGAGCUUCAGAAGUGGUUAGAAAGAGAUAAACUAUUGUGGAAACAAAGAGCCAAAGCUAUGUGGUUCCAGGCAGGAGAUAAACACCCGUUAUUUCCACAACAAUUCUUCCCAAAGAAGGCUGAAAAAUGUUAUUAA